UUCAAAAAUCCCAAGAAAUGAAAGUUCCUUUUAUUUUUUUCUUAAAGUCCCUGUGUAUUCCUUUGAAAAAAUUUCAAACUCUGAAGUUCUUGUUUACUCUUAGUGGACCUCAUUUUUUGGAGUCAUCAUCAAAUCAGCUAAGUCGUCCUUUCACUGCAGCUGGUUGCCUUAAAGCUUUCUCCAGAGACCUGUCAAUAGCACAGUUUGGUUCCAGGGCUGCCCUGGCCACCAACCGAUCUUUUCAGGCUCUGGUAAGCAUCCAGACUCACAAGACUAUCUCAGGCCGGUUUAUCUCCAACCUUCUCCGUUGGAUAGAGUUCAGGGACCCAGCUAAAAGUGUUAUAGGUAUCUCCUAUCUGUGUACCUUGUUUGACAGCUAAAUGCCUGUGAAGAGAUAGCCACAUGCAGUCUGAACAUAAACCAACAUUUAUAAACACGUGAAGAGGUUGACUUUUUUAUGAGCAUAAACAAAAUGCAGAAAAUGAUUAUGGCACAAAUCUGUGCAUACAGCUAGUGAGGGAAAACUAAGUAAAGGCAUCAUCAUGGAAGGAUGGGAUUAGUUGAGAAGGCUAAGGUCCUCGAACUUGAUCUAUUAACUGUAGAGCACUGUUGGUGCUGAGAUAAAGGAGUGGCUUGGCAUGGUCAGGGCGGUUGAAGACGCAUCACCAGAACAGAGCGAUGGGAGGUUGGAUGGGAAGAACCAGGCACCGGAAUUCUCACCACAUUCUGAGAUUUCUGUGAAGAAAAGCAAUGUUUGUGGUGAAACAGUGAUAGAAGCAAUGCUGACCUGGAACUCUAAUUUGAAUUUGAAAUCUUUGGAGCCAGCUGUGACUCCGCUUGAUAGCCCUUCUGCUGUUGGAGGAGAGAGAUUCCAGGUUCAGCUAGGCUUGUUUUAACAAGGCAUUUCUAAGAAGAGGAUAUGAUUGAAGAAACAGUAAUGCAAUCCUCAGAGGAUUUGCAUCUUAGUAAAAGCAGCUGGCUCUUAGACCACCACUGGCUCAUUUGCCAUGCUGGGGAAAAAAAUAAAAAAGCAGACAUCCCUCCUGGCUGGAUACUGGUGCCUGCUUGGCCAUUUCAUUAUUUCUCCUAGCCCCCACCAUCAGCACCACAACUGAAUCCUCGAUACGUAACGAUGUAUCUAGGUUUCUAUUUCUUUGUUAUUGCCUUUUUUGUUCUUAUUUUUGUAGGGACCUUUACAAGUCUAUUUAUCACAGUGGUCAGUUACAAGAGCUGGGCCAAAAGCAACAGAAACUCCUCUUCCGAUAGGAUCCUAUUCAGCUUGGGCAUCACCAGAUUUCUAACGCUGGGACUGUUUCUACUGAAUAUUAUCUACCACACUGUUGCCAAUGUUGAAAGGUCAGUGUACGUAUCCAUCUUUUUGCUAGCGUGUUUGAUGUUUUUGGACUCCGUCAGCGUCUGGUUUGUGACCCUGCUCAACAUCUUGUACUGUGUGAAGAUUGCUAACUUCCAAACCUCGGUGUUUCGCCUGCUGAAACGGAAUAUUUCUCCCACGACCCCGAGGCUGCUGGGGGCCUGUGUGCUGGUUUCUGCCUUCACCACUGUCCUGCAUGUUGUGCUCAGAGAGACGCUCCCCUUUUCCAACUUUGUUUCCAGGAGAAAUGGCACCAUGUUUGGCACCAGUGAGGACAUCUCGUCUUUGGUGAUCUCUUCCGUCUUGAACUCGUUUGUCCAGUUGACCAUCAAUGUGACUUGUGCUUCCUUGCUAAUACAUUCCCUGAGAAGACACAUAAAGAAGAUGCAGGGAAACGCCACUGGCCUCUGGAGUCCCCAGACGGAAGCUCACGUCGGUGCCAUGAAGCUCAUGAUCUGCUUCCUCGUCCUCUACAUCCCAUACUCAGUUACUAGCCUCAUCUGUUUUCUCCCUUAUGUGAAGGUAGAUUUGAGAAUCAGAUGUGUUUGCAUAAUUCUUUCCACUCUUUACCAUCCAGGACAUUCUGUUCUCAUCAUUUUCACUCAUCCUAAGCUAAAAACCAAAGCAAAGAAGAUUCUUUGUUUCAACAAAUAGUAACAUUUCAGUAGUAAAGAGGGACUGCAGUCACCUCAUGGUUUGAGAGUAAGAUUUCCUGUUAGCAGUUUUCCCGGUUUGUUUAUGUGAGUGCUGAUUUGACAAUUUAGGCCUCAAAGGGCUGUAUUUCAGUUCUUCCAUGUUUUUUUUUUUUUCUUUUGUUAAUAUUUUAAAGUAAGGAACAUUCUCUAAGGAAUUUGGUUGAAGCAUUACUUACUGUGUGUUUUAUAUGGCCAUUGCAUCCCUAGAUAAGGGAACUUACUACGUUGUUCCAUGGGCUACUGAAGUGUAAGUGGGAAGUACCCCCGAGUUGAUGUGUACAUGAUUGGUUAAAUUUUUGUGGCUUAGCUGAGGAGCACUGGGUAAAGGCACAGCAAUGGGUAAGUUAGUGAUCACUGAGAGCCUUAGACUGGCUUACAGCGCAGCAAGGAGGUGAAAGAGAAAAUGAAUAAAAGGAAAGUACCAGAGAGAAACGGGAGGAAAAGAAAGAUGGAAAGAAAUAGAUCCAUGUGGGACAAGACAGAAAAGGGAUCCUCACAUCUGUGGGAUGGCAGUGACCGAGUUGCUACCACCAAGAAACCCUGGGAUUGAAUUUCCGGACUCAGUCUGGAAGGUAGGAAAGAGCCAGCGUUGACAGGUGGAGGGCAGUGAACAGUAUUAAAGGGUCAAAACCACGUGCCAAAUAGUGAAAUUAACAUGUUUAAUGCAAGUGCACAGGAUAUCGUGCCUGAGCCUAUGAGAACUCAGUGGGAAGCCAAGAGGAGAUGCUGAGCUCCCGUAGUGGAAGCUGUGGACUUUCGGUGGGUUUACCUCGCUCGUUUGUGAGUUUGUGAACAGUGCACAUCUCUCCCAGGAGAAGGCUGUGUCUGGUUUGGGAUAGCAGACAGUGGCUCCAGAGAAAGACUCUGAACGCAGGAUGCUGACAAGUUUUGACAUGGGAAUUGGGAAAUAUUUAUAUUUAUAAAACUUAAAAUGGCUUAUGUAAUGUUUAUAAAAUACUUGUGUAAUAUCUAAACAUCUCAAAUAAAUAUAUCUUCAGAUUUUACAUCUUACCCGACUUUUUCACUUGACUACCAGAAUCUUGACUAUAAUACACAGUAGGGGCUACUCAAACCAAUGCUUUAUAACACAAAACCUGGAAGUGUUUGUCACAUUAGAAUCUUAAGAGGUAAGCAGCUGGCGCUGUGGCACAGUAGGUUAAUCCUCUGCCUGCGGAGCCGGUAUCCCAUAUUGGCACUGGUUCUAGUCCCGACUGCUCCUCUUCUGAUCCAGCUCUCUGCUAUGGCCUGGGAGGGCAGUGGAAGAUGGCUCAGAUGCUUGGGCCCCCCCGCAUCCACGUUGGGGACCCAGAGUAGGCUCCUGCCUCCGGCCUUGGAUCAGCCCAUCUCUGGCUGUUGUGGCCAUUUAAGGAGUGAACCAGUAGAUGGAAGACCUUUCUUUCUGUCUUUCCUUCUCACUGUCUGUAACUCUACCUGCCAAAUAAUAAAUAAAAAAACUUUCAAAAAAAAAAAAAAGAAUAAGAGGUAAAAUGAUUGCUGAAGUAAUUAAGUGUACACCGUGGCAUAAGAACUUUAAACGAGUGGCAGAAACCCUCAUGGGACUCCUAAUAUCUAGCUGUUCUUUCUCCUCUACUCCACAUUAAUCAGAUUAUUAGCUGCCUAGAAUUUUGGUAGCUAAUUACAUUCUACAGCUUCCUUUUGUAGGAAGGGAUUGCCAUGUGAUCAAGUUCUGCCAAUAGAGUAUGACCAGAGAUGAUGUAUCUAAUUCCUAGGUGGUGCCCAUAGAACAAUCAUGCCCUCUCUUUCCUUUUUCUUCUUUCCUUCUUCCCAGGGCUGGAAUGCUGAUGGGACAGUGGUCCAUCUUGGACUAUGAGCUAGGAAGGGAUAGAUGAGGUCAUUGCUUGGGAUGUUAGACUUACUGUCCACUCCAGAGUUGGCUCCGUGUUUCUUGCACUAGUUGCUGCAGCAGCUCUGGACUGCUCACAAGGCACAUCUCCAGUCUUCA